AUGUCCACCCCAGCAGACCACCAGCCGUCUAAAAAGGCGGCAAAGACACCAGCGGUUCCACGACCCAGCGCAAGCGUCCUCCUCAUCUCCCCUACCAACCAAAUCCUUCUUCUGCACCGUGUCAAGAAAGCCUCGAGCUUCGCCUCCGCACACGUCUUCCCUGGCGGCGCCCUCUCCAAAACGCACGACGGCGCCAUCCCCGACGUGAAUGACCCAGGUAGACACCAAGAUGGGCCUGCCUACCGUAUGGCAGCUGUGCGCGAGACGUUCGAGGAAUGCGGUAUCCUACUAGCUAAGAGCAAGAAAACGGGCAAGCUGUUCACUGAGAUCAGCGACGAAGAACGUGAAAAGGGGCGACGAGACGUGCACAGCGGAACCGUCAAGUUUGGCGAUCUACUUGAGGAAUGGGGUGCUGUCCCCGACACCGAGGCGCUGAUACCGUUUACGCGGUGGGUAACGCCCGGCAACGUGCCCAAAAGAUUCUCGACGCAAAUGUACAUUUACUUCCUACCUCUCGGUUCCGUAUCGCCCACGAAACACGCGGCACCAGCGUCCACGCCCCCUGGCUCUGGACUUGAAGAAGAAGAUGAAAUCGUUAUACCAAACCCGACGCAUGACGGGGGUAUCGAACACACGGCCGCACGUUUCCUGCCACCGAACAAAUGGAUUGAUCUCGCGAGGCAGAAUAGGAUUAUACUGUUUCCGCCGCAGUUUUUCCUGACGCUGCUGCUGAGUCCGUAUUUAGCGGCAACGGUCACGAGCCCGAGCAGUCCUACACCUAGUAUCUCGGAGCUGCAACUCGAGCGAGAAAAAUGUCUGGAUUUCUUGCGCAAACCGAGGAUGUAUGAAGGCAAGCCUGAAGCUUCCUUUGCAGAAGCUUGUAUUUCUCCUAUCGUGCUGGGGAAGGGACAGUAUGGAGAGAAGGGGCAGGACGGCGUGGGAGGUGUGGAUAAAGAUACUGCGGUUCUCGUAUUGGAUCGACCGGGUAAAGAGGUCGAGGAGCAAGAAGGUGGGAAGGGGAGGAGGGGAUUACGGCCCUGGCACGGCAACAUCUACGCCCCAUCAUCACGUACAGUUCGCCCAAGAUCAGUCUCCACUAUUCGAGACCGUCAUCCAGCAAGCUACCCUCAACUCGUGGUCCUCCGCGGGAAUGGAACGAAUGUUGUUUUCGAUUUCGGUAUAGAAGUUGGCGGUAUCGCCUCUCUCUCCUACACCAGCAAUGGAACCGGUGCUAUCGGCCUCGCAUUUUCCGAAGCAUCGACGUGGAUCGGCGAGUGGUCUGAUGCGUCGAAUGGAAAGUUUGCUGGUCGCGAUGGAGCAUUGUAUGUCAAUAUAACCAGUGCUGGCCCGGGGACGUAUACGAUGCCGGAUGAAGUGAUGCGAGGAGGGUUUCGGUACAUGACUGCUUUCCUCGUCACGAACUCGGGGACCUACGUCAACAUCACGGAUGUGCAGCUUGAAAUCAGUUUCCAACCUACAUGGUCGAAUCUGAGAGCAUAUCAGGGGUAUUUCCAUUGUAACGACGAGCUGCUGAAUAGGAUAUGGUAUGCAGGCGCCUACACGCUCCAAACUAACGCCGUACCAUCCAACACCGGCCGCUGGGUUCCCAUGCUCGCCAACGGCUGGGCCAACAAUGGUACUUUGGGACCAGGAGAGACCAUCAUCGUCGAUGGCGCGAAGCGCGAUCGCGCUGUCUGGCCAGGCGACAUGGGCAUUGCCGUCCCUUCAACUUUUGUCAGCACUGGAGAUCUCGAGAGCGUGAAGAAUGCAUUGCAAGUCAUGUUCGACUACCAGAAUCCAGAUGGCUCGUUUCCGGAAGCUGGACCGCCGUUGUUGCAGCAGAAUAGCGAUACGUACCAUAUGUGGACGAUGAUCGGGACGUACAACUACAUGCUCUACACGAACGAUGCAGCCUUUGUGCAGAAGAAUUGGGCGAGGUAUAAGAGAGCUAUGGAGUAUGUUUAUGCUAAAGUCGAGGUGGACGGAUCUGGGUUGUUCAAUCAGACGGGCACGAGGGACUGGGCGCGCUGGCAGACUGGCUUCAACAACACCGAAGCGAACGUCAUUCUGUAUCAUACAUUGCAGACCGGUGCGAAGCUCGCAACAUGGCUGAACGACACCGCGAUGACAAACGGCACUAGGCUGCAGGAUUUAUGGACAUUACGCGCCACGUGUCUUCAAUCAGCCAUCCUAACCCACACCUUCGACACCGCGUACGGCGCUUUUCGCGACAACGCCACACUCACCACCCUCCACCCCCAAGACGCAAACAGCAUGGCCCUCCUCUUCGGCCUCGUCUCUCCUUCCUCCGCCCAGGCCCAGUCCAUCUCCACCGCGUUAACAAAAAACUGGACGCCCAUCGGCGCCGAAACACCAGAACUCCCCGGCAACAUAUCCCCAUUCAUCUCCUCGUUUGAAAUCCAGAGCCACUUCACCGUCGGUCAGACAGAUCGUGCGCUGGAAUUGAUUCGUAGGAGUUGGGGCUGGUAUGCUAAUCAUCCCAAUGGCACGGGUGGAAGUACGGUGAUUGAGGGGUAUAGGACGAAUGGGACGUUUGGGUAUAGGCAGGAGAGGGGGUACGGGUAUGACCCGAGUUAUGUGUCGCAUGCACAUGGGUGGAGCUCGGGGCCUACGAGUGCGUUGACGGAGUUUGUGGUGGGACUGAGGGUUGUGGAACCUGCGGGGAGAGAGUGGGUUGUUGAGCCGCGGUUUGGCGAUUUGGAGGAGGCAGAAGGGGGCUUUGUGACGGGGUUGGGCAAGUUUAGGGUGGGCUGGCCUGACACAGAUGUCAUUCGGCUCAACACACAGACUUGUGAGCUUACGCAGAGCCCAGCAUUCGUGGCACUAUCGUACGAAUGGGGCGAUGACUCGGAGAUACACGACAUCAUUAUAGACGGGAAUAUCUUUAAGAUACGGCAGAACCUGCGCGACGCCUUGGAACAUAUACGAACCCUCCAGGCGGAUACAUCAAGCACCAGAUUAUUCGAAGAAGACUCGCCUUGUUUCUGGAUUGACGCCAUUGCAAUUGAUCAGUCGAACGAUUGGGAAAAGCCUCACCAGGUUUCCAUGAUGGGUAGAAUAUAUCGUCAAGCAUCCCAUGUCGUAGCCUGGCUUGGCGUUGCACAACGUGGCGAUCUUUCGGACCUGGCUUUGGAUUACCUGAAUACACGCCCUAAAAUACUGGACCACUACCAGAAACUACACCCAGACUUUGUCACAAUCUCGGCAGAGGAAAUGGCGAUCAGAAGGUUGUGUCACCGAUCGUACUUUCAGCGGAUGUGGAUUGUCCAGGAGUGUGUUCUUGCCAGAGAGCUCCACUUAGUUUGCGGGCUUCACUACUGUUCCUGGAAGGACUUGCACAGGUUCAGUGUGUCUUUACAUCAUGAGCGGCGUAUAAGUCGGUCAGUGUAUGGGAUCUUCGAGGUCAAAUCAGAGUUCGAAAGUAAUUGGUCUGGCAGGUCGAUUCAGGACACUAUGUCUCGCAUCCUGGACUUGACCGUUGGCAGACGUUGCUCAAAGUUCCACGACCGGAUAUACGGGCUGCUUGGGAUACUCCAACAAAGUUUCCAGACGACUGGCAUGGACGUAGAUUAUGGAGCUAGCCUCGUGGAACUGAUGAUCAAGACUUAUGAAUUUCUCGCCUCUGAUCCCGAAGAUGGCCAUUUCUAUUGUUCCCCUUCCACGAUCCUAGAUGCUUUCGAAUCAGUCGCAUCGACGGAUGAAAAGGGAAAAUUCAUGGUGUACUGGCAGAUAAAUGAGAUCAUGUACAAGCUCGACGCGGAUGUAAUCAAAGGAUUUCAUUCGCUCGAAACUCUUCACGACGAAAAAGUGCGGGCAUUGACAUUCCUGACAGUUUGCUGGAUCGUUGGUGGAUUUGGAGUUGAUCUUUUCUCGCCUGUCGAAGGAAGCACUCCUCUGAAUAUCACGACACCGACGCAGAUUAUUUCCUUCGAGCAUGUCAACCCAGAGAGCGAUGAGGUGCCGGUCUUUAAUUUAUGUCCUUGCACUUAUUCGCAAUAUGAUACGGAAAUCGAUACGUAUUGUAUCUCCUUGACACAUUCUCUGCGAACGGGACAUGAUGCGCUAGAAAGCUAUGUUUUGACAGAGUCGAAGUCUCGGGAAUGCAGAACUUUGCUCGAGGCAUACAGCAAGCACGUCAAGUUCGUGAGUAUAUUGCGAGAGGACUUCAAGGUUUCUACCGAAGUGUCUGACCUGCAAACGUCAACGCGACUCCCGAUCCGGGUUGAGUGGCUGGUGUUAUCCAAUCUUUUGGCGCAGUACUUUCUUAGCAAAUACAGCCCAAUGUCUCACUGGGGAACUGAGCCUAACCGCACGACCAAGAUCGAUGGCUUUGUAAGGCAGAUCGAGCGAGAAAGGAAAGAUCUUGGCACAUUUCUCUCGGAAUCCUUCUUCAACAAGUAUCGCAUGAGUGUGGCAAACGCAUCCGAUGAGUUGCCUACGAAUGCUCUUGCAUUAAUAGAGAUCAAGAUCUACGACAGCAAAGACCCUAAUGACUGCUUUGUUCCUGCGAAGAAGACAUUGGUGGCUUCUUUAUACGAUAACGAUUAUGAAGAGAGCCGUAAAAGGAAGAGGAGAUCCCUCCGAAGUCCAAGUCGACACCACCACACAUGA